UUUCUUUUUCCUCCGUUUUUGGACUAGAUCAUUUACCACACCGAUAUGAACCGUUCCAGCUAUUCAUAUUUUUAUCCUUGGAAGUAUAGAAGUAUUCCUCAUGCCCCUAUAAACCCUACGCGUAUAUAUAGACUUCUCUGUCUCUUGGAAAAACUCCGACUUUCAUCAUCAGAAUUUAUUCAGAGCAAGAUUUAUGCAGUAGAACAUGAGCAACAUCCCAAAAUCCUUAACCGAGUCUUCCUUUACCCUCUUCAAACUUGCCAUCUCGGCUUCUGAUCCUUGGCCUUUCUCUCUUGUUUUAUUAUAACCUCUUGUAUACUCUUUUGUCAAACAAGAAAAGAAGUCCCUCUAUAUAGAGGUUUAUAGGGUAUUCUUGUUUUUUAAUUGAUUCUUCAAUCGUAUAGUGAUGGGACAUCAUCAUCUGAAUUUCCAUUUUCAUGUGCCUCAAAUUCACUUUCAUCAUAACCAUGGCCAUGGAAAGAAAGAAUUGAAAGAUAUUCCAAAAGGGUGUCUGGCAAUUACUGUGGGACAUGGUGAAGAGCAGCAGAGGUUUGUUAUUCCUGUCACUUACAUUAAUCAUCCGCUGUUUAUGCAGCUAUUGAAGGAAGCAGAGGAAGAAUAUGGAUUUGAUCAUAAAGGUCCAAUUAAGAUUCCUUGUCAUAUUGAGGAAUUUCGACAUGUUCAAGGGGUGAUUGACAAGGAAGCUGCCUCUCACAAUCACCAUAAUCACAACCCCUGGUGCUUCAAAGCGUGAUUUUCUUAUUUUAGUUUGUGAUACUACUUUUUUACACAAAAUUUUAUUUGUGCUUGCCUUUUCCUUUGUGUUUUCUCUUCUAUAAAAAAAUGUUCAUAUAUCAAAAUUAUGUUGAAAGACGAUGACGGAAAUUGAAUGAUAUUGCAGUAGUGAGUUUUCUUUGUUCA